CUCGGAUGAUCGGUAGUCACUCUCGGCCGGCAUGUAUUCGAGGCAGGAGCGAGGUAUAUUAUAAUUAUACAGUGAUUCCCCCUCACAUACCUAGCUAGGUCUUGCAUCUUUGGUCCAACUAGAUACCCCAACAUGGCUAACACAGACUUCCUCUACGGCUUCGCCUCCGCAUCAUACCAGAUUGAAGGCGCUACCAAGACAGACGGUCGAGGUCCCUCUGUAUGGGAUGAAGCGCUUUUGGGAAAGGAGAACGGGGACGAUGCUUGCGAUUCGUAUCACAAAUGGAGGGACGACAUUGAGCUUUUGAAGAAGUACGGCGCGACAGCGUACAGGUUCUCGAUCAGCUGGUCGAGGGUCAUUCCAUUGGGGGGCAAAGAGGAUCCUGUGAACCCCGAGGGAAUCAAGUACUAUUCCAGCUUGAUCGAUGGGCUCCUCGAAGCCGGUAUUACUCCCUUCGUCACGUUGUUUCACUGGGAUACUCCGCUCGAAUUGGCUAAACGAUAUCGAUCUUUCUUUGCCCAAGACGCAGAUCAAGAACGUUUCUUGGCGGAUUGGGAACGUUAUGCAGACCUGUGUUUCAAAGAGUUCGGAGAUAGAGUCAAACAUUGGAUCACACACAAUGAGCCUCAAAUCUUUACCAUCCUCAAUGCCAUGUUCCUGGAAAGGGAAAAGUUUGAUAUGGAGACUGAUCGAUGGAUUGUCGGAGAAAACCUUCUCCUCACACAUGCGCGAGCCGUUCACUGUUACCGAACGAGGUACAAGGAAAGACAAGGCGGUGUGAUUGGAAUCACUUUGAACAUUGAAUGGAUCGAGCCGAUCGAUGAUUCAGAGGAGGCCAAGGCUGCAGCCCAGCACAGCUUGGAUAUUCAAGUUGGAUACUACGCCGACCCAAUCUACCUCGGCAGACACAACGAGACGGCUAAGAAGAUCUCUCAUGGCAAGAUUCGAGAGUUUACCGAAGAAGAAUGGGGCAUGAUAGCUCACUCGUCCGAUUUCUUUGGACUCAACCACUACUCUACCAAAUGGGCCACUGGCAAACCUGGAAAAGAAAAUCCCAACGCGUUCGAAGUCCUGUUCGGCAACGUCGAGCAAGUAACUGAGAAAGACGGAAAGCCGAUCGGAUUCAAAGGUCAUAACGGGCACCCGUUUACCGUCCCAUGGGGCUUCAAUAAGCUCUUACAUUACAUCAGCAAGACAUGGUGCACCGUCGCCAACGGAGGAAGAGGAGGAGAAACGUUGCCUAUCUACGUCACCGAGAAUGGAUUCGCAGAGCAAGACGAAGGUGAAAAGACCCUUGAGGAGAUCGUCAACGAUACGAGGCGUCAAGAGUAUUAUGAAGGGUAUAUCGGCGCCAUGGGAGAAGCUAUGAAGGAUGGGGUCAUAGUUAAAGGAUACAUGGGCUGGAGCUUGUUGGACAAUCUUGAGUGGAGCAAUGGAUAUGCCCCUCGAUUCGGCGUGACGCACGUAGACAGGGCCAAUGGCUUCAAACGAACGCCAAAACAGUCGGCUUAUACGAUCAAGAAGCUGGUACAGAAGAUCCUCUAGGCAUACUGAUGUGAGGAGGAUAUAGGCUCCGGUCGGAGUAAUUCACCGCCACAUCGAGCAGAGGCCUGUCCUGUGUAGAGAGAGGUACUGCGACCUAGUCAAGAGGUCAGGUCUGCCGAAUGCAUGAACAUGAUGAUGUCCUCCAUGGACAUGUGGAGCAGUGCCUCUAUCUCUCUCUGAGCAUGUGUACAUCCCCCAACAACGAAGGGAGAUGACAGCAGCUCACUCUUCGGACCA